AUGGGUCUACCAGUGGCCGAAUGGGAUGCUGUGGUCGUACCGAUAAUAGUUUCGAAACUUCCGAUAACUACACAGCGCGAAUGGAACAUGAGCUGUUCACCCACCGAAAUUCCGAGCCUCGAUGAGCUGCUUACGUUUUUGGGUCAGCGGGCUCAUAGCCUCAGCACAACAGUUGUCACAUGGAGCAAUGGGGUUGAAUUUACGUCCAAGAGUCAUCAACGCGCUGGUGGUCCGUCAAGAGCUGUCAGAUCACACGUCGUAUCUGCAGAGGAGGGUAAAUGCACAUACUGCCAAGGUGCACAUCGUAUUAUGAAAUGGGCACGCUUUCUUGGGAUGAAAUACGAAGACAGAAUUACUGCUGCAAAGGCUACAAAGCUUUGUUUUAACUGCCUAAAACAAGGUCAUUCAGCAAAACAAUGCCCAUCGGGGAAUUGCCGUCACUGUGGUCGUAAGCACAACUCAUUACUUUGCCGCGAAUCAUUAUCUCAGAAUCCAUCAGAGAGCAAAUGCGAAGUUUCGGUGGAAGGAAUCGGAGCUUACUCCUACGCACGUACACGUGGGCGUGUCACACUCUCGUUAAAAUCGCUCUAUUCCAGUUUCAGUUUGGAAAUCGUUGCACUUGUCAUGCAGUCAAUUACUAAGGUCAUCCCAACAGUGCAUAUUGACAUGACACGGUGGCAGCAUUUGAAUGGUCUAGAAUUGGCCGAUACGCAGUUCGGCAUUCCUAGCAAUAUCGACAUUCUUAUUGGUGCGGAUGUAUGGGGAAAAGCAGUCGAAGGGGACAUAAGACUCGGUGGCCUCAAUGAGCCACACUCCCAGCGAACCCGCUUCGGCUGGGUUGUCUUCGGUCCAGUGCCAGCAGCGCAGCCAGCAACGCCGCCAACUCUUUCCUUCAGCACCCAGCAAGGCGAAGAGGACGCACGCUUGGAGGAGCUCGUAAGAAGCUUUUGGAAGUUAGAGGAAGUGCCUUCACAAGAUUGUAACGGCGAAGAUGAAUGUGAGAAAAUCUUUUUGACCACACACUCCCGCACAAGGGAAGGGCGCUACAUGGUUCAUAUACCAUUUCAUCCUGACGCACCGGCUUUGGGCAACUCAUACGCCCAUGCUUUACGACAAUUUCACCUUCUUGAACGACGACUAGCAGCGAAUUGUGAGCUCAAGAAAAAAUACAUUGCCUUCAUGCGCGAAUACGCGGACCUCGGCCAUAUGGAACCCGUUAGUCACAUUGGAGAUGAGGGGGUCAACUACUACAUCCCUCACCACGCGGUUCGGGAAAAGUUCCGCGUUGUGUUCAAUGCUUCAGCGCGGACCACGAGCGGCCUCUCACUGAACGACGUCCAGUUGGUGGGAGCCACGAUUCAAGAACCACUUGUGAAUAUCAUCUUUCGUUUUCGGUGUUUUCGCGUAGCAUUAACAGCAGAAAUCGAGAAAAUGUUCCGUCAAAUUCUGAUAACUCCCGAACAUAGGGAUUUCCAACGCAUUAUUUGGAGAGAAUCACCAGACACUGACCUAGCAGUAUACCGUUUAACUACAGUGACGUAUGGGAUGGCUUGUAGCCCGUACAACGCAGUUCGCGCACUCAAUCAAUGCAGUUAUGAUAACUACAACGUAGUCGCAGAUGGCCAUCAGUCGAUUGUUGCGCGCGAUGCGAUUCUGUCAUCAUUUUAUGUAGAUGAUUUUCUCAUCAGUUGUGACACUGAGGAUAAAGCCUUCGAACUCGCUGUCAAUGUGAGUGCGAUUUUGUCGGCCGGACAGUUCCGUUUACGAAAAUGGAAUUCUAAUAGUGGUGAGGUUGUAAAGCGUUUAAUUAGUAACAAUUCCUCAAUCGUAGAGUUAGCAAGUGAACCAUCGACGGCAACGGUGCUUGGUCUAAGUUGGGACCCAACAACAGAUGAGAUCUUUUUCAAAGCGAAUCUAAACCAGAACAUCGGAUGUCUCACAAAACGUCGGGUUUUAAGUGAGGUCGCCAAACUAUUUGAUCCUACUGGCAUGCUUGCUCCAAUUGUUAUUGCCGGGAAGAUAUUUAUUCAGAAGUUGUGGGCUGCUGGCUUAGAAUGGGAUGCACCACUCCCAGAUGCACUUCAAAAUACGUGGGUCUUAUUUUACAGAGAACUUGACGUGAUAAACCGUAUCCGUGUACCACGAUGGUUAGGUUUGGCUGAGGGUAAGACUACUAUGCUACUUGGGUUUUGUGAUGCAAGUCCACUUGCCUAUGCGGCUGUCCUCUAUACUAGGACAACAGACGGUGAAGGUCGGUCAACUGUAUCAUUGCUAACAGCUCGCACCAAAGUGGCGCCACUCAACGAUUCCUCGCCUAGAACUUUGUGCGGCACAUUUACUCACAUCCACACUUGA